AUGAAAGCUGAAAUCAGAGAUACGAGAAAAUACUGCAAGUUCCACGAAGAUUAUGGGCACGAGACAGAUAGGUGCCGAGAUCUAAAAGUCGAAAUCAAAAGAAUGACAGACACAGGCGAACUAAGAAAGUUUGUAGCUCACAAGACAAAAAGCAAUGAUAAAGGGGAAAAGAGGAGCAUAGACGACAAAGGAAAAGAGAAGGAAGAAGAACGGCCGUCAAAAAUACUGGGAACCAUACAUAUGAUGAAUGGAGGAGGACACAACAGUUCGACGAUUAGAAGAAAACAAAGGAGGGAAGUAAUGAACAUCAGAGAAACCCACAUGGCACCAGUAAUCUUCGAUGUUGAAGACUAUGAGCAUGUGAAAGCACCCCAUAACGGUGCCUUGGUGGUGACAACUAUCAUUGAGAACUGGAACGUGGAGCGAAUCCUUAUUGACGAAGGAAGUGCUGUAAACCUCAUGGCAAAUGCUGCAUAUAAGAUGCUUGGAGGAACCGCAUCAAGGUUACGCCGAGUUCCGAACCCACUAUCACGACUCGGUGGCCCCUCUAUCAACCAGCUAGGAGCAGUCUCGCUGGAAGUCAUAAUCGGCCCGGAAAGGGGAAUUAACAAGAAGGUCAUGUCACUAUUCAACAUAGUGGACAUGGAACUAACAUACAACGCCAUCCUUGGAAGACCCUUCCUCCAUGAUUCCGCUGCAGUAACAAGCAUAAGAGCAUUGGCAAUGAAAGUACCAACCGAGAAAGGAGCGGUGACAUUGAGAGAUGACCAAAAUAUCGCCAAAAAAUGCUAUGACGAGUUUGUUAUUGAUCUCCAAGAGAGCAAGGCAGAGAAGAAAGAAGAAUAG